AUGCCAGAUCCGCCGCGGGAAGGGCUCUCUGCUGGGGGCAUGUGGGCGCCCCCCCGGAUCUGCGCUCCGUGUGAUGUGAUGAGCCACAGCUGGCGCUGGCCAGCAGCUCCUGCCCCUGCAGUGCUGCUGCUGCUGCCCUGGCCCCCGGCGCUUCUCAGCAUGAAAGUCUUCCGCAGGAAGGCGCUGGUGCUGUGCCUGGGCUACGUGCUGCUCCUGCUGCUCACCAUGCUCAACCUGCUGGACUACAAGUGGCACAAGGAGCCCCAGCAAUGCAACGAGCCCCCCCCGGCCCGGCGCGCCCCUUCCUCCCCGCAGCAGCCCCACUUCCAGCCCCGCUCGGACAUCCGCUCCCUCUACCGGGCUCCCGCGCCGCCGCCCCGCCAGCGCCAGCUGGUCUAUGUCUUCACCACCUGGCGCUCGGGCUCGUCCUUCUUCGGGGAGCUCUUCAACCAGAACCCCGAGGUCUUCUUCCUCUACGAGCCGGUGUGGCACGUGUGGCAGAAGCUGUACCCGGGGGACGCCGUCUCCCUGCAGGGGGCGGCCCGGGACAUGCUCAGCUCCCUCUACCGCUGCGACCUGGCCGUCUUCCAGCUCUACAACACCGCCGGGGCCGGCAAGAACCUCACCACGUUGGGCAUCUUCGGGGCGGCCACCAACAAGGUGAUCUGCUCAUUUCCCCUCUGCCCGGCCUACCGCAAGGAGGUGGUGGGCAUGGUGGACGACAAGGUCUGCAAGAAGUGCCCCCCGCAGCGGCUCAGCCUCUUGCAGGACGAGUGCCACAAGUACCACACCCUGGUCAUUAAGGGCGUGCGCGUCUUCGACCUGGCCGUGCUGGCCCCCCUCAUGCAGGACCCUACCCUGCAGCUCAAAGUUAUCCACCUGGUCCGGGACCCCCGGGCCGUGGCCAGCUCCAGGAUCAAAUCCCGGCACGGACUGAUCCGGGAGAGCCUGCAGGUGGUGAGGAGCCGGGAUCCCCGCAUCCACCGCAUGCCUCUCCUAGAUGCCAGCCACAAGCUGAACAGCAAGAAGGAGGGGGGAGGUGGCUCCGAUUACCACGCGCUGGGGGCCAUGGAGGUGAUCUGCAGCAGCAUGGCCAAGACCCUGCAGACUGCCCUGCGUCCACCGGACUGGCUCAAGAACAACUAUCUGGUUGUCCGCUACGAGGACCUGGUGGUGGAUCCCAUCAAGACUGUGCGGCAGGUGUAUGGCUUUGUCAAUCUGGUGGUGAGCCCGGAGAUGGAGAAGUUCGCCCUCAAUAUGACCAGCGGGCCUGGCUACUCCUCCAAGCCCUUUGUGGUGUCUGCCAGGAAUGCCACCCAGGCAGUGAGUGCCUGGAGGACAGCAUUGAGUUUCCAGCAGAUUAAGCAGAUUGAGGAGUAUUGCCACCAGCCCAUGGCUGUCCUGGGCUACGAGAGAGUCAACAACCCCGAAGAGGUGAAGGACCUAAGCAAAACAUUGCUCAGGAAGCCAAGGCUGUGAAUGGGGCACAGAGGAUGCCAACAAUUAUCCUUUCCAAAGGGACAGCUAGCCACUGAGCAGCUUUGAAAACAGUCUUGUUUGCUUGAGAGAGAGGGAGUGAGGAAAAAAACAUCUGGUAUUCCUUACAAAUGCAUUCAUCAGGAAUCCAGGCAUUGCUCCAAAAGACCAUUUGUGGGUAAUAUACAUUGACAUUUUUGCAUUGCUGGGUUAUAUGCAAUUAAAAAAAAAAAAAGUAGGAUUGAUGGUAUUUGUAAAGCCCUUUCCUCUCUUAUACCCAAGGUGAGAUUCAGUACCAAAAUCUUGUUUACGGACUUCUUGUUGUGACUGUGAUAAUGAAAGACUUGUGCAAUUUCUGAGACGUCUGUCUCGGUUGGGAUGGAUUGCAGUGGAAACAUUAAUAUUGCAAAUUGGGUUUUUUCUAUU